AUGAGUCUUUCAAAAACAAUGCAAGCAAUCUAUGCCUCCCGACCUUCAGCAACAGCACAACUCCAACUUACUCUCAAAUCUUUGACUGUCCCAACUAUUCCGUCGGGUCCCAACACAGCUUUGAUUCGCGUCCAUGCGGCAGGAAUCAACCCUUCCGACGUUGCUAACGCAAUUUUUGAUAGAUUUGGUGGAAAGAAACCUAUAGUUCCAGGUCGCGAUUUCGCUGGUGCUGAGGUGUACGGAACUUCUGGUCGAGAACUUAGUCUCUCCAUUGAUGGAACUCAUGCCGAGUACGUCGCUGUACCUGUAGAAGGCCUGUCUAUCAAGCCCAAAUGUCUCAGUUGGACUCAGGCAUCGGCUGUGGGUGUUCCAUACUCAACAGUUUAUUUGAUGCUGGAGAAAGCUGCUGCACGUGCUGGGGAUGUGGUCCUGAUCUUUGGCGCGAGAGGAGCGGUCGGGAAGGCUGCAAUAGAGCUUGCGAAUGCCAGAGGGCUCAAGAUCAUUACUACAUCGAGGAUAGAUGGUUCUGAUGUAAAUGUUACAACGGAUGAGAAUUUAAAAAGCGUGUUGGAGUUGAACAAUGGAAGAGGACCUAGUAUUAUUCUUGACUGUGCAGGAUCUCCCGUAUUGAUGGAGAAGGGUCUUGCCAUUUUGGGAAAGUCUGGACGAUAUGUUUUCGUAUCUGGCAUGAGAGGAGGUGGACCAGAAGUGAAGAUCAAUGUCAUGAAGAUGCUAGCGAUGGAUCAAAGCUUGCAUGGAGUCAAUAGCUGGAGCCUCACCUUAGCUGAGACAAAGGAUAUCAUGGAUGAAUUGAGAAAAAUGUUUGAAGAUGGAAAAAUCAAGGGCCCUGAGGAAGAGUCUUUGACCAAAAUCAAACUUGCAGAUGCGGUUGAAGCAUAUCAGGAGGUUGCAAAAUUUGAUGGAAAGAAAUUCGUGAUUGCCGUGGAGGAUCAGUAA